ACUUCCGGUCAUAGCUCAUCGAACGAAGAUUACCGAAGACUUGCGAAGGUGACGUAAUACUGUAACCGGACUUCCCCAGUGAUUCCCAGUGAGCUCUGUGGCCAGCGUGACCGUUUAUCCAGGCGGAGAGAAGUCCUCCUAACGAAAAUUCAGAUUUUGUAUUUUGUACAUACGUUGUUUUGUAUAUACUGUAUAUGAUGAGUGCGGUGGGGACACGUGGUUCCCGAGGAGGCCAUCGAGACCGAGCUUCCUCGGCCAAGACACAGACACAGCCCGGCGGCAAGGGAGCGCAAGUCUCGCCCCCCGAGCGGCUUCCUAAACAGCCCCAGGCUACAUCAGAGCAGAUGCGGAUUGCCCAGAUGAUCUCAGACACAAGCACAGAGGACCCUCAGUGGCAGGAGAAAAUCCAGCAGGUCCGUGAUGUGACAGGCAGAGGAUUGGACGAGGCAACGGUUGCGCUCCACGAUUGUGACGGAGAUGCGAACCGCGCCAUCAACAUGCUGCUGGAGGGGGAGCAGGACCAAGGAGAGUGGGAGACGGCAGGUAAGAAGAAGAGCCGCGGAGCUCCGUCCACACAGCGGGGGCUGGACUCUGGGCCGCCCGGGAAGGAGAACAGAGAGGAGUACCGGCGAGGACGGAACCGUGAUGAUCGGGACAGAGACGGGAGCUCCAGCCGAGGGAGGGGACCGCCACGCAUGGCACGGGGUGGCGGACGGGGAGGAUCACGUCCGAGAGAGAACGGGAUGGCAGAGGACAAGGAGGGCAGCAGAGACAGAGGCGGGCGGGGGCGCGGUGACAGGCGUAACCGUGGUGACAGGGAUGGAGACAGGCGACCGGGCAGAUUUGGUCACAUGAAUGGCCCGUCUCGGCCAGGCAGAGGAGGGUUCGGGAGGCCCAGACAUGACGGACCAAAGAUAGGUACGUUCAAUCCUGAUGAGAUAAAGACAGAGAAGACGUCAGACAUAUGGCCUAACACUGAGUCAGAGUGGUUUGUUCCAGGUACGUGGAACCCGGACCAGAUCGAGACACAGGAGGACUGGGGUGCUGACGGAGACUGGACCGGAGAUCUGUCGGAGAGUAAGGUGUUCACACCUAGUGCACCUGUGGCCAAUCCUGAACCCAUCAGAAGCACGCCGUACCAGGGAGAGAGAAUCGACCUGGCAAAGCUGUUGAACCCGAACGGUGGCUCGACGGGCUCGGCAGAGACGAACGGUCCGCAGUCGUACGGUCCUAUGGGGGACAACAUGAACAAGCUUGGGGCGGCGCCGUCACAGGGUCUACAUCAGGUAGAUUUCCUUCGUCAGUUGCAGCAGGGGUCGAGCUCGCUGGGGAUGACAUCACUGGGUACGUCGCUGGGCACGUCCAUCGGGAGUUCCAUGCCGUCAAUGACGUUCUCACAGCAGCAGAACCAGGCUCCCGAGUCACAGACGAGACCCAACCAGCUCCCCCCCAGCCUUCAGCAGGUGAUCCAGCCUCCCUCGUCUGCAGCGCCGGGCAGCUCGCAGCCUCCCGUGCAGCCCCCGCUGUCCUCGGUACAGCCGGCGCUGUCCUCCGUCCCCCAGCCGCUGUCCUCGGCGCAGGUGGGGCCCAGGCAAGCCAAGCCGCCCAGGCGGAAGAUGCCACCCCCAUCCAAGGUGGGCAAGUCCGCUAUCCCAGAGUCAGCAGUGGAGAUGCCGGGAGGUUCCAUGUACUCUGUGGACAGUCUGGACAUCCAGUUUGGAGCCAUGGACUUUGGUUCCGAGUCCACCUCCACAGCGCUGGACUUUGGGUUUGGAACGGACGGAACGAGCAGUUUGCUUGGAACGUCUAGUCUGGGUGUGUCCACAUCGGGCGGAAGUAGACUGACGGCCACAAAUACAGACACAACGUACGGGUCAGGGUUUGUGGGGUCAGGGGUCAACGAGCAGUCGCUGCAGUCUAUCAUGUCCACGGGCUCCACCACGACGACCCAGACCACGCAGCCCGCGGUGGAGACGCCGUCCCCGAGGUCUGCUUACCAGUCUCCGCACCACACCCCGCAGAAGGACACAUCCAAAGGCAUUCAGGUUACGGGUCCAGAACCGAUUCCCUUCCCCUCAUCACAGAUGGAGGGCAAGACUGGCCCCCUGGUGGGGUCACAGAGGUCACAGCCCAGCGGCAUGGACGCUCUGGGCUCCAACAAGAGUGAGCCGUCCCUGUCAUCCCUGCCCCCACCACCAGGGGUCGCCACGUCAGCCUCCCAGCUGUCCUCCCACCAGGCAGUCUCCUCCGGCCUCUCAGGCUCAUCGUACGCGCCCCACUCCACAACAUCGCACUCAUCAGCUCAUCACAGCUACAGGGACACGAGUGGUAGUCACACCAACUCCAUCCAGGGCUCUGCCAUCAACUCCAACAAGCUGGGUGCUGGACUGAAGGACUCAUCAGCGUAUGACUCACAGCUCUCCAAUCAGCCUUCCCUGGAUCACAUGAGCCACUCGAUGGCGGGGAGUCACACCACGGGCGGGAGCACCUCGGUACAGAGCAGCACGGUCCAGUCUACGGGAUCCACCGGCCUCACGUCAGCGCUGGGACUCACUACGACGGGAUCUGUCACCUCCACAACAGCGCCAUCGCUCAAGGGGUCGCUAGGCACCACGGGACAUCAUGUUGUCUCGAGUGUUUCUCAACCUCAUAAUGCCGCCCCUUUUCCAGGUAAAGCCCCUCCGAACCUCCCUCCCGGCGUGGGCCUCCUGCACAACCAGUAUCUCAUCGGGCCCGGCACCGCCGGCAUGCUUCCAGCUUACGGUUUUUUUAACUGGCCUCAAAACGCAGCUCGAAUGGCUGCCCAAAGCCAGCAUCAGCCCAUCUACAGUUUUGAAGACAUGCAGGUGUUGCAGUCCAGAAUGCCCAUGGCGGGGUACGCGUAUGAUAUGCAGUUCCAGCCUCCCACAACGUUAACUGGAAGGGACGGGACGCUGCCAGCGUAUUCAGGCACAGAUUCCAAGUUCACGCGAGGCGAGGCGUCGUCCCCGAUCCCAUCCUCGGUUGCCGGGCAACAACAGCAGCAACAGAGCACGCACCACGGUCAGACGCAGGCGUUCCUGAACCCCGCGGCCGGGAUCCCGCCUGGGUAUAACUACUCCAUGCCGUUCUACCAUGGCGUGGCGGGUAUCGCGCCCACGGGAUUCAACUACGGACCUGCCAUGUUUAUGGCACCUGCAACGAAGCAACACGGAGCGGGAACAGCAACAACGCAGUUCCAGCAACCAGGCGGCUACGGACAACCUGGCACACAUGGUUACGGUACAGGUUACGACGAUCUGACGCAGACGCAGGAUUUCACCAAGAGUGGUUACCCCUCCGGCACACAGACGGGCUCCAAGGGAACGGUCGGAUCAACGGGCAAGGGGUCGGUGAGUUCCGGCACGUCUGCGGGUUCAGACCUCAACAUGUAUGGCAAAACUCACCAGUCGUUUGACAAGCAGGGAUUCCCCGCCGGCACCCCCCCUCCGUUCAACCUGCCGCUGGCUACAGGUGGCCAGGGGGGCCCCCUCAACCCUGCGGCGGCCACCGGGUACCCCCACACGGCAUUCAUGACUCCCAUGAUGCCCCACCACACGCAGCACCACUCCCAGAUUCCGCACCAUCUUCUGCAGCAGGACGGACAGGGAGGGACGAGCCAGCGGUCCCAGCCCAGCGGCUCGCAGCCCAAAGGCCCCAGUUCCAAGUCAGCCUACGGCUCCACCUACUGGGGGGCCAACUAGCCUCUCCCCUCCUGGGGUUGUACAUGUCCUUGAAUAAACCCCCUUCUCAGUGGGUUUUUGGUUGGGGGGUCUGUGAACAUUGUCCUUCUCUGUCCAUUCUGCAUGAAUCCGGAGCUGUAGUAGUGCCCCCUUGCAUGGUUCUCGUGCAUAACAGAGCAACUUAGAGUUCAGUAUUUCUUAACGAUAGCUUGUGACGUUGUGUGUGGCCCUUUGGGUGGGGGGAGGGAAUAAGGAUCGAUGUUUCAGUAUAUGAUGACGAUAAAUCAGUGGCAACUAGUGCUGCCCAGUGUAUGUAAUGUACAUGUGUAUGAAUCCUCAUUUUUAUGUUCUGUAUAGAGACCUGAUAAAACUUGAUAGUUAGAUUGAGAGAGAUGAAAAAAGACAUUCUUCAGAAUUACAACUUGCUGCCACAGACUAAGGAUUUUUGUCUUUCUAUGACGUGGUGUUCCAUUGUUGCAUUUGGGAGGAAUUGGGACGUGGCUGACUGUUUUUCGGGAAGGCCAGCGUCAGAAGCGAGACGUCGGUACAAGUGCCUUACGAGGUGACGUGUGCAGGCGGGGAUAGAACGAGAGAGAAAGAAAGGUUCCCUCUGUAGCUGUAAAUUUCCUGUUCUGAGACCCAAAAAAGGGAAGAGACUGAUGACAAACUUGAGGGAAAGCCCUAAAUGGAGCUUGUUUUAUGCUGUGCCAGAUAACAGGAAGGUUGUUGAAUAUGAAUUCCUCUGUUACAGCCAGCAUUUGGGACUCCCUUCUAGUGUAAGAUAACAAGAGUGUGAACAUUUUCAACUUUCAGUAAGGCUUUUUCCUGCCUUGGUUUUUGCACCUUACAUCCUGAUGUUGUUUUUUUCUUCUGGUUAGCAGGGAUGAACUGAUCUAAACAUACCUACAGAGUUCAAAACCAAGUGUCAAAGGUGCCAAACCAAGACUGUAGAAAGACUUAUUUUAGGUGUUUUUAGAAUACCUCCUUCAAGCAUAGGAGCUUGUAAUGUCCUUCAUGUGACCUUAAACUUUUCAGCAGGCUGAUGUGACCCUGACUUGGACUGGGAGAGUUGGGAUGUAGAUGUGCCAUGGGCAGGGGCCCUUCACUGGAUAAGACCCGGGUGUGAUUUAGCCCUGCACUGGACCUUAAAUCUAGUCAGAACAGCUUUCAAAAAGUAUGAAAUUCAUUUAUCAGUUCACUCAGUCAAACCUUUUCCUACUGCCUAACAAAUUUGGAGCAGAGAUGCUCUCUCGGCAGGUAGAAAAUUGUUAAUGGCAGUGGUUCGGGCAUGAGUUUAUCACCUCCGUCAGGCUUUAUUUGAACGAUGUGAUGCUGGUGUCCUUACACGAGUCUGUAUGCAGGCAUCACCAGGUAAAAUACAUUUUAAUGCCAUAUUCCGCAGUGGCCUGGACUUAAGGAUCAUGCUAUGUUGUUUUAUGUACCCAUGCAGGACUUUGGUGCUUUUAGUUAAUAGUCAUAUAGGGAGGAGGGCCUCAUUAACCCUAGCAGUGCCAUGGAACCCAUUCUACAGUCUAACUGGCCAUUGUGUUGUGAGGGUUAAUAAGUCCAUUGUUCAGGAAUGGAGAAAUGAGAAUGUAAGGUGUUUGGGUUCCUUUUACCAAAGAGUGGAGAAGUCUGAUGAACAUGUAUCUGCGUGGAUGCGUGUCUUACAGUAUGUGAACAGUAAACCUGCCGCAGGGAUCCCUGUGGCGAACAUGUCCAACGUUAGAAACAAAGAAGCUCUUCCUGACAUGUGACAUUGAGGUACCUCACAUGGGGACCUAGAAAGGGCCUGUUCAUUCCUUAACAUGACUACUGUUUUAUUCUGGGUUACCGUUUGAAGGUUUCUUCCAAUAAUAUAACAAAAAGGCCAGAUUGAUGAGGUAAUGUUGUGCAUUAAGCACCAUAUCUCCAGGUUGGUUUGAAGUUGCAUUUACUGAACAAUUGACAGGUAUAAAGACCUGGGACUGGGAGGUUAUGGCAAAACAGAAAUGUUGUAUUCCUGAUCUAUCAGGAAAACAUGACAGCUCGUCCUGGGGAGCCCUGUGGAAUGGUUUACUGGUGCUAAGAUAAAAAAAAUUUGGUAAAAUGUAAACCACAUUGCCCUUUUCUACCCAACCUUUCCCCUCAAUUUGCCUUGUCAAAGCCUUCCAGCUUGUAUUUCGGCCAUGUUAACCUGCAUUCUGAGUCCAGUAGAAAUAUGCACUUGUCUGUAAUGUAUACAUAGAUAGACUGGGUACUAUCCUUUUUGUACCUAGCCUUUUUACACUCACUACCUGACUACCCUCAAAAACUUCAGGUAGUGAUUGUAAGGAGCCCUGGUAGAAAUGGAAUGAUACCCAGGCUAACAGAUGUAGGAAAGCAAACCAACAGUAAACUGAACAAUGGUAAAGGCACAUCAGUUGUAGAAUAUCUUCCCAAAGGCAAACAGUGCAUUUCCUGCUGAUUUUGCUUUUCCAGUUGUUCCAUACCUUGAUGGAAACAGUAAACAUUACAAAUAUGCUGUACAUAUGAAUGUUAAUUUUACUUUAGUUCUGACUCUGAUUCGAAUAAGUUUGAUAAAAAUUGAGACUGCAUCAGUUCAUGUCCUUGGUUCUAAACCUUUUUCAAAUGGCAAGACUUAAAACAGUAGCUUACUCAGUACAGUAUGUAUGCUGACAUGUAUGUAGUAUCAGGGACUCUUACUUCAGGGGCUACAACGUAAUUACUUAUCCCUUGAAACUUCAUUAUUAUUGCUUAUUUAUCAUUCUGAUGGUCAUUACAGUCAGUCACAGUGUAUAUAUCCAUAUAUGGUAACCAAGUGUAUGAACUGGUGUGUCCUCACAUGACCGAAAACAAGCUGGCUACAGAAGGCAGUGACAGCAUUCUGUUUGUUUUAAGCUAUAUUCCACAAUGUUAGAGGUCAGAUUGUAUCGCUACCCAGGUGGUAAAGUAUAAGGUCCCUGUCCGGUAUGUAACCCAUAUAAAGGGUUCUGUCUUUUUUUGUUUGAGAUGGAAAAAAGGAAAUAAAAAGGAAUGGAUUCCUCUCA